GUUUUGCAUGUUGCAUACAGAAACAUCAUAGUUUCCCCAUUUUUUUAAAUUGUCUUAUGUGAUGAACCGACACAGAUAAGCGCAUAGUUUUGAAAUUAAAGGAAAAUUCUACAUUUUCUACGUGUUUUACGAAACGUAUCAGCAGUCCAGACCUGAAUUCAAUAUGUGGCACUAUUCCAAAAUUUAUGUUCAGAUAGGCAAAAACUGAAUAAUUGUAAAUGCCACUCCUGAGCGCUAGAUGGCACUCAUUUUCAGUCAUUUUGAAGACUACAGAGAAGAACCGCCUACAAUGGACAAGUUUAAUGAGGAACUUGUAAAAGUACCGUUCGGGACAAAGAGUCUGGACGCAGUCUUGUGUGUUCCAGCGUCACUGAAUGAUGUUCGGACAGCCGUCAUACUAACACACGGUGCGGGAGGAGACAUGAACUUCAAACAUUUAGUUUCUCUUGCACGCGCUCUGGCAUCAGACGGUUUACUCUGCCUCCGUUUCACAUGCAAAGGCUUGAACUUGGCUUAUAGAGUUAAAGCUUAUAAUGCUGUCUGGGACUACUUGAAAACCUUGGAGAGGUUCACGUUGAAAAACAUAUUUUUUGGAGGCAGGUCAAUGGGAUGCCGUGCGGCUGCAGCCCUCACCAGGCAGCUGAGCGAUGAGUCUGAGGACGCAGUGCAGGGUGUCAUCUGCCUCUCUUUCCCCCUGCACCCACCAGGAAAGACGCACUCCCGUCAUCAGCGGAGUGAAGAUUUAAAAAUGUUGCCUGGGAGUGUUUGUGUGCUGUUUGUGUCUGGCACUGAGGACACAAUGUGCAACGGGGACCUUUUUAAUGAGGUGCUAAAAGAUAUGAAAGCCGAGGCUGAAGUUUUCUGGCUACAAGGAGGCAGCCACGGUCUGACUGUGAAAGGAAGGCCUGAGGAUUCUGUAAUGGAUGAAGUGAACUUAAAAGUCCUCCAGUGGAUAAAGGACAAAACAACAUUGGGGAAUUAACAUUUGGUGUUUGUUUCAAUGUGCUGUUAAAUAAAAGAUAUCACAACUUAAA